AGUUAUUCGCGGCGGUUGUUACACCGGGAAAUAUUUUCGGAGGACCGUUUGUAUUUGCUGUUUCCUAUCCACGUGAAUUUCUCUGACCACCGAUUUUACGGUUUUUCACUAAAUAACUGAUGAUUCCUUUUAACAAUACCAUGGAUAUUGUCGAAAGUGACGACCAGUUGGGUGAGACGUCUGAGGAGGACAGCGAAUUAUCUGACGGACAGCUUCAAGAGGCAUUCGCAAAGGGGUUGUUAAAGCCUGGAUUGAACUUUGCAACAGAAGAAAAGAAGAAGAGUGUUAACAAUGUGGAGGGUUUAAAACAAUGUCUUGCCGACUUCCGUAAAAACACGCUACCCUGGGUAGAAAGGCUUGACUUAGUAAAUCUCCCAGCUGAAGACAUCGUUGCCAAGUCUGAGGGCAAACUUGACAACAAGGCCAGCGGAAAUAUCAACCCAGAUGAUGAUUUCCAGAGAGAGAUGUUCUUCUACCGCCAGGCUCAAGCGGCUGUUCUCGAGGCAAUGCCCCGGCUACAGAAGCUAAAGAUUGCCACGAAGAGACCAGAUGACUACUUUGCAGAGAUGGCCAAGUCUGAUCAGCAAAUGCAGAAGAUCCGAAAGAAACUCCUAAUGAAGCAGACAAUUAUAGAGAAGUCAGAAAAGGCAAAGAAACUGAGAGAACAGAGGAAAUACGGCAAGAAGGUGCAAGUGGAGGUCAUUCAGAAGAGACAGAAAGACAAGAAGGCCAUGAUGUCCGCUGUCAAGAAGUAUCAAAAAGGCAUGAGUGACAAACUGGACUUCUUAGAAGGAGAUCAGAAGACCGUUAAAGGAGGGCCUCCUGGUAAAGGAGCAGGAAAAGGAGCUGGAGGCCAAACUUCUGAUAAAAAGGCCAUAAACAAAAGAGGCCCUAAUGCUAAGAAGAAGUAUAAGGACCAGAAGUUUGGCUUCGGUGGAAAGAAGAGUGGAUCCAAGUGGAACACCAAGGACAGUCACAAUGAUGUGUCAAGUUUCCGUGCCAAAGUGGCUCAUGGGAAAGGAGGAAAGGGAGGGAAAGGAGGAAAGGGCCACGCAAAAGGAGGCGCUAAACGACCAGGCAAGAAUGCACGGAAGAAGAUGAAGUCUCGUUCCUAGAGAUUAAGUUGUUAAAUGUCCCUUGGUCUCCCACCCCACAAGGUUUUCUUGUCUUCCAUUUGGGUUACCCACACGACAUCCCAACCUGAAGGACAUACAGUAUAUUAAAGGCAAGUGCUCUGUUUCUGCACUUCGAAAUGCCAGCGCCACCCUUCAGAGCCAUUGGGGUGAUGGAUUGAUGUUAAAGACUAGGAUUAUGACCCCAAAAUGCCCACUUCCUGUCUCUCUGAAUUUCACCUCGGAGGCUAGAAGACGGCUAUAUGUGAGCUCAAGAAUGUCACAUAUACAAAACCAGACUGAAAGGUACAGUUCUAUUGACGUGAAACUUUUCCACUAUACUCCAUCAAACAGGGUGUUUCUAAACCCUAACAUGCUUUUUCUCACCUAGAGACUGUUGAAUUGUUUGUCUUUUAUUACUUUCAGUUAAAAAAGUAAUGUAUUUCAAAUUAAAGCUUAUACACUAUUGUGCAA